GUCGCCUUUUGCAUGCAUUUGCAUUGAGAAAUAUUCAUAAUGAGCUCCUGCAUCAUAUACAGACUUAGAAACAGAGAAUUACACAGUAACCAUUGCAUGCGGAAAGACUUUUGUAUGGUGAAAACCUUGAUCUGCAAGGGUAACCGUGUAUAUAGAAAAAUAAGCAGUAGGAAGUCAAACAAAGUAUUCUGCUAUGAGAGCGGAAGAUUGUUUUCUGACAAUUACAGAGAAUGUCAGUAUGGGUACGGCAUAAAUGGUGGACCACAUGUAUCAUACAGGAUGCCUAGAUCUGACAAUUACAACAGGACAAAGUUAGAGGAUGCUCUCAUCUACAAAUGUUACCAUGAUAAGUUUCAUGAGGUUGACAACAGAGCAUGUCUGAUUGCACUAAAAGCCCGUGAGAUGGGGGAAAGCCUUGUACAAUAUGACCUGAACACUGGACAGCUUAUACGGGAAAUAUAUCUAUCACAUGCUGUCAAAUUCAAAUACAUUGCCUGGGCAGAGAUGAAUGAAAUGUUCUAUGUUAAAUCUGUACAUUCUGCAGAAAGGUCAAGGUUCCAUAUGGCUACUGGAAUAUCAAUGAAUAUUGCUAUAGUGAUUGCAGCAUUUUCAGCAUUUCCUUUGAAAUAUGUUGGAAUGUUGGAAGUUGAUAGACGAGUGUUUGGAGCAGGUAUUACUAAUGCCAUACUCACCAAUGGUAUGCUGGUUGUCAUGUACAUAACCGGACAUGUCAGAUUCUUCAGUUUUGAUCAUAUUCUUGAAAAGUUUAAGUGUUUUGAGCACUCACUGGAUUCAGCAAACACAGCACAGAACAUACACUGGGGUGAUAUACCUCUAGGUCUACCUAUGAACAUCAAAAUUACAGAGUGUCCACCAGCACUGUUUGAAGUACGCUGUGCAGACCAGGAUGUACAGAUUGGAGGAUUUCCCUGGCAUUAUAUCUACUCACCUAGGGGAACAUUUGGCAUGUUUGAAAUCACAUCUCUCAAGGAUCAUAUUCAGGCAAAAGGUGGAACAUUGCGGGCUAGUUAUAUGAAUCCUGACCCUGACAACUGUAUAUUCCAUGGUGAUAAUUCAGGUAGAAUAAUUCAUGUCUCAGGGAGUACUGUGAAGGUAUUACAGUUGCAGAGUGAGGCAGGUGGUGAAAAAAGACAGUUGCAGACUGUUUGUACAAUAGAUGCACACAAAAAAGAACAAAGGGAAGAGAGGUCACUGAUGACCUCAUCAGGGAGAUGUGUGAAGAGGAGGCAGACCGUUGAUGAGAUUUCAGGACAGGACAAUACUCUUAUACAUCAUGUAGACUAUGAGGAUGAAUUAGACCUAACAUGGAUCUCAGUGACAAGUCCAAAUCAACCCUCAAGAGUUUGUUUCUAUGACAACCAGUCUUUUGAGUUGAUUAAAGAGGUUUAUUUAGAAGAUACAGAUGCAUCUGACAUGUUGUAUGAACAUAAUGUGUAUGUUGACUUGGACACUAUAGUGCAAGUAACCAAACCUAGACUGGGUCAGUUUAUAUGUAAUGUAUACAGACUAUCUGGAGAUAUAAAUCAGGAAAACCAGUCUGAAAAACCAGGGACCAGCAGUAAAUAUUUAAGCUCAGGAACCAGAAGACCUAGAACAAGGAUUAGAUAGACAGUAGCAUACAUGUUGUAAUUCACAAUCAAAAAUAAAGAUGAAGGGGUAUAGUUUCAACGUUGCCAAUCUGUCUGACCUUCUGUCCAUGACCUUUUAAUACCUUGAAGGAUUCUCAUGAAACCUGGUUGGAAUAUUCAUCUUAUCAGGAAGAUAUGUAGAACCCAUGUUACAAUAGGUGUGUGGUCAAGGUCACAUAUUGAAGUUCAAACGGUUUGAGACUUGUAUUUUGUGACCACUUCAUGCAUAAACCACUUGAAGUUGAGUGGAAUGGCCAUCUCACAUAGAUUACCUGCAGAAGUCAUGUUCCAGUUGUGCUAAACCAAAGCCCAGGACACAAUUUAAGGUCAUUCAUUUAGGCCUUCGUUUGUUUGUCAGCUACAUAUUUUCUUAACACAUUGAAGGAUAUCUGUGAGACUUGGAUGGAACGUUCAUUCUGUUCUAACAUGUAGAAGCUGUGUUCUAAGUGCACUUUCCCAGGGUCAAGGUACAAGUGAUGGUCAGAUUUUGAACAUUAGAUUUAUUUUUUGCUCAAUACCUUUGCCAUGCAUGGAUGGAUGCUCAAAUAACUUAGCACAAACAUUUACCUUAACAAAACUAUAUGUUUUUCUUGCCAGACUCAGAACCCUAACUAUAAAGUAAAGGCCACACAAAGAGGUCAAAAUUGUAUUAAAUCCCUUUAAAAUUUCAUGAUUUAGGAAAUUGAUGAAAUGAUAUUACUCUCCUUUAAUUCCAGAGUGUUUCUUAUUUUUAUUUCACUUUGAAUAAGUCAAAACAACCCAAAUUGACACAGUAUGUUUCGUUGCAGAAGAUGCAAGUCAAUUUAUAUAACCAGUCAGUGUGGACCAUUAUCUCCAGAAUUAUGUCUCUUGUAUUAAUUAAAAUUUAUAGGAUUAUCACUAUUUGAUCUUCUUAAAACUUUGUCAGGAUGUUUUUUUUUGUAAAGUUUAGAUAAUAUUUCAAACUGGGUUACAUGAGGUCAGAAAUCAGGUCAUCAGGUCAAAUCAUGGAAAUACCUUGUCAACACUAUAGAGGCUACAUUUUCUACUUGAUCAUCAUAAAUGUUUGUCAGACUGUUUGUUUCAAUAAAAUCUAGGUCAAGUUCAAAACUGGGUUACUUAAGGUCUUAAACUAGGUCAUGAAGUAAAAUCAUGAACAACAUUUUUCAUUCCAGAGGCCAAAUUUACAAUUUGAUCUUCAUAAAACUCUUAUAAGAAUGUUUGUCACUUUGAAAUCUGGUUCAGGUUUAAAACUGGGUUACUUGAGGUUUUAAACUAGAUCAUUAGAGAGAAUCAUAGAAAAUCCUUGUUAACACUCUAGAGGCCUCAAUUUCUACCUGAUUUUCACAAAAUUUUGACAGAAUGUUCAAGUUCCAUACUAGAUUAUCUAGAUCAAAAAACUAGGUUCCUUGUUCAAAUCAUAGUAAGAUAUUGUUAACUCUCAAUAGGCUACAUUUUCUGUCUGAUUUUCAUGAGAUUUUGUGGUAAUGCUUGGUCUGUUUAAAAUGUAGGAUAAAUGUGUAACUGGGUCACUUAAGAAAAAAAUAGGUCAUUAGGUCAAAUCAUAGAACAACUUUGUUAACACUUUAGAGGUCAUGUUUUCAACUUGAUCAUCAUGAAUCUUUGUCAGAAUGUUUGUAUGAAAACAAUCUAGGUUUCAGAAGUGAAGUAACUGAGGUCAAAAACUAUGUCUCUUGGUUAAAUCAUUGAAAUAUUUGAUUAGUGAUCUACCGAAUGUAAUAAACAAGGUCAACUUAUUGUGUCUUUGAAGUCUAGGCCAAAUUAGAUGCUAGGUUAUCUAGGGUAAGAAAUAGGCCAGAGCCCUCUUGUUAUCAAUAGUUUUUCAGGUAUUCUCAGGAAAAAUGUCAGUAUUUCAAAUAUAUAUAUAUAUACGAUUGUAAAUGUAUUUUGUUACAACAGCUUAUAACUGCAUUCCCGUAUGAGUAGGGGACUUUGUAUCACCUGACAAUACUUCCUACACUUGUUUCAUAAUAAUCUGUUAUCAUUACCAACUUUUAGUAACAUCGGUCUAUCGGAAAAUCGAUAAAUUUGCCUAUAUAAACAAAGAAGGAAAAAAAUACUUAAACUUAAAUAGAAAAAGUUCUAUUUGGAAAUCAAAAAUUAGAUACCCCACAAAUUAAAGUUUAAUUUAUUCCGGAUAUUAUGAAUAUUUUUUUAAAAAAAUAUUUUAAUAUUUGGUUGGUCCUUUUUUACUUUAAACAGGCCCACCUCAGUCCAUAUAGACUCUGUAGGAAACGGGUAAAAAAAUUGACUUUUUCAAAUAUAACAGAUAAAAUGAGAUAUUUUCCGCAAAUAAUCAAAAAAUCGAUACCCCUAAAAAUGUAGAAAAAUUAUUCAAUUUUCGUUAUGUGUAAUUUGUUUUAAAUUUUAAAAUGGUUUGUUUGGUCCUUUUUGCAUUUUAGUGUGUACAGUGAACAUUUCUUAAAAAAUUCCGGCUUCUUCCGCCGUUAUCCGUAAGUACUCGGAAGUUGUUACGGAAAAUAUUGUCGUCUGCUAGUCUGACUUUUUCGGUGUAUGACUAUUGUAGGCAGCUUCACAUUGAAAAAAAAAUCUGAGAUUGUAAUUAGACAGAUUAAAACAAAUUAAUUGUUGAACUCAGAAACGCCGAAACCUAGAUCCGCUGUCGUUUAAAAUAACGCUAUGGAGGAUUUAGUGUUCAAUUCGCAUUUAAUAUACAAAUGCUUUUAAUUUUCAUCGCAAAAAAUACUUAAAGCAACUAUUUCUCACGUGUUUCCAUAAAAUAUAGUCUGUCAGUAAUUGAGUUUCAAAGUAUUCUUAAGAAAUAUAGCGAUGAUUAAUUUCCAGAUACCUAUAUUAUUUUUUGCCGAUCGAUCUGGAGACUUUUUAUUGCCGCUGCGGUCCGGGUUCGAUCUCCGAUGUGGUCAUCUUUUUUUCUUCAUAUGGGAAUUUUUAAUAAUUUUGAAACCCAAAAAAUCAUUUUUUAUUAUUCAUGAUAUGACCAAACUUUAAUUAGAAAGAUAGCCUUGAUGAGCUGAUAAUUCUGCUUCUUUCCGAACCUACUUAUAUAUUUUUCUGUAUUCUUAAAUUAAUGCGUGUUUUUGGUACAUUCUUUAAUCAUUCGUUUUAUAAAAUUGCGAUAUCUAUUAUUUGUUUUAGUCUCAAGAUUGCACACAAUCAUUAAGCAUAAAAUUAUUUUAUUGUAACAAAUAUCUUAAAAUUACCCUCUGACUUUUAUUGUGUAUUACAAUAUUGCCUAGGGGUAAACAAUAUCCGGUCAGUGUUGUUUCAAGCCGGGUCAUAAAAGAUAUGUUACCCCACUUACUAUAAGUGAUAGGUAUUUUUAUGGUUUUUGCGUUGUAAUAUAUGUCUUUCACUUUCUUCUGUCUUUAUAUAGUCUUUCCCCUUUCUUUCAGGAUUUUUUUUACGAUUUUUACCCUUACUUCAUGAAUCGUAUGACAGUAGGAAGAAUCAGUACAAAUUUAGAAUUCACCGUGAUCGUUAAUAGAGUUGUUCCGUACAUAUCUACUGAGUAAAGAUCCUAGCCCAAAUUUCACGAAAAAUCUUACGUUAUUUCUUAGAUAAGUCUGCUAUUCUAAAAUUGAGAUAUUGAUGAAGUUAUUUUUUUUUCCUGUAACAAUAUAUUUAUAGUUCAAGUAUACUAUGGUAGUAGUAUUUGUCAGCAGUACUUAUUCAAGUCACGCAAAUAUGAUAUUUCUAUUUAGGCACGAUAUAAAAAACUUAAUCCUUACCAUGCUAAACUACAAUAAUGAACUUGUCUAUCUUUCAAUUUGGACAGUACUAUUAAUUAUGAAAAAUGGGUGCAUACCACCCCCCCCACCCCAAAAAAAAAAAUACUGGCUGAAUGGCAACCAGUGCAGAUCAUGAUCAGUCUGCACGGAUGUGCAGGCUGAUCAUGUUCUACACUGAUUGCAAAGGAAGAACCAAUAGUGUCUAGCAUGGUAAGGGUUAAGUAUUCCCUUUUAAAAGUAUAAGUCUUAUUUCUAUACAUAUUUUUCUUUAAAGCGACCGGCCGCCAGGUCGUUCGACAACAAAAAUACUUUUUAGAUGUCUUGAAAAAAGCUAUAUUUCUUAUCUUAUGAAGGUUUCAAAACUAAUUACUGACAAACAUUAUGUUAUGGAAAUACAUGAGAAUUUGCUGUUUUACUACCUUUUACGAUGAAAAUCGAAAAACGUUAGUGAUUCAGAAUUUUGAAAAUAUUUAGAAACAAAAGCUUAUAUUCUAAUGUUCAUAAUAUGUGAAAGAAAGCGCGUAUAGAGGAAGUAUAUACGCUUUCUAAAUUUUCUAGAAAAAACAUUCAUAUUCUUGAAUAUUUAUUUUAUUUACAGACAGUUUCUUGUGCGUAAAUAUUUCUUUUCUGUACAUAGAUAUACGUUAGCAUGAUGUUUCAUGUAUUAAUAAAGUAUUAUAUAAAUUUUCGACUUGUUCCGAUUUUCACUUUAAUAAUUAUCUAAACUUCAUUCAGUUCAAGUAUAUCGUUUAGUAAACCUGUAAAUGCAUCAGAUAAUGACUAAAGCUCUUAAUUAUCGAUUUUCCCCCGUGUUACUACAACAACAACAGUUAGUACGGAAAUCAACGAAUUCGUCUGGUAGCGAUGAUAUCGGAUUAUUGGUUUUAUUGAUUUUUAUGAUAGGUAGAUCUGUCCCGCUUUAUCGGUUUCGAGAUGUUACUAAAAGUUGGUAAUGUCUUGUUUGUGAAACAAGUUAGGGAUUGACCACCCAUUUUCGUACACAGUACCAUAUUCCUCUAAAAUCAUUCAUGGAAUAUAACUUUCCUAGAGCCAGGUUACACUUAUUUGAUUGAUACAAUUUUUGAAUAAAGUUGCUGGUUAUUAUUUUAUGUCUGCCUUUGAAGUUGAUGUAUAUUGUUUUACUUGUGACUGUUAGUGGAAACGUCUGUCUGUAGACUAUUUGUAGACAGUCAAAGUCUAUAAAUGACAUCAACUGUUUAGUGUCAGCAGGUCAAGUGUCACAGUGACCUUGAGACUAGAAAGGUUUUUCGAUCAAGAAUGAUUAAGCAGAUUACCGCCAGGCUUCAGAGAUGGCCUGUGAUCAGUAGAUUACCAAUAUUUUUUUCAGAGAUUAACAUUUCAAAGGUUUUAUCGACCUAGAGAUAGAAAAUAAAUUCAGACCAACCAUGGAAGAACACAUUGACCUACAGUCUCAAACGUCAUUAGAUGCCCCCUAUUGUUUGUAGGCUGAAACUUCAAUAUAUCAAUGGCCUUUGGGCUGAAGACAAUUUCGGGUCAAUUACUAUUGUCUUCUUUUUAUUUAGUCAAGGGAAGUAUUGUUCUUAGGGUUGCUCUGUCAAAGGACAAGGUCACAGCGUUCUUGAGGCUCAAAAUUAUAUAUCCAGUUACCUCCGACAAGUCAUCAUGGAGGGGGCACAUAUGUUUUACGAACAACUCUUGUAUCUUUUGUAAGUUUUGUAAUACAAUUGCAGAAUACAUUUUGCUGAAUGAAAUAAACAAGUGUUGUCUUUUUA